UAUUAUUAACCAAAAUCAAUCAAUCAAUAAAUCAUGGAUGUUGAUUUGCAGGAUCAUAACAAAAUUCCUGACCUCAAAUUAGAUGCUAAACAAGCUCAAGGAUUUCUAACCUUCUUCAAAAGAUUGCCUAAUGAUGUGAAGGCGGUUCGGUUAUUCGAUCGACGGGAUUAUUUCACCGCUCAUGGGGAAAAUGCGUCUUUUAUUGCAAAAACUUAUUACAAUACCACAACAGUCUUAAGACAAAUUAGCAAUGGGUCUGAUGCUUUGUCUAGUGUUAGUGUCAACAAAAAUAUGUUUGAGACGAUUGUCCGUGAUCUGCUAUUGGAGAGAACUGAUCAUAGCCUUGAGCUGUAUGAGGGCUCUGGCUCAAACUGGAGAUUAGUAAAAAAGGGAACCCCUGGUAAUCUUGGCAGCUUUGAAGACAUUUUAUUCGCCAAUAAUGACAUGCAUGACUCACCAGUGAUAGUUGCUCUAGUUCCAAACUUCCGUGAUACAGGGUGCACUGUUGGUUUGGGCUAUGUUGAUCUUGCCAAAAGGGUGCUAGGAAUUGCUGAGUUUCUUGAUGAUACCCACUUUACAAACGUUGAAUCUGCUCUAGUCGCACUUGGCUGCAAAGAAUGUCUUUUGCCUAUGGAAAUCACCAAAUCAAGUGAGUGUAAACCUUUGUAUGAUGUAAUGUCAAGAUGCGGUGUGAUGGUAACCGAAAGAAAGAAAGCAGAGUUUAAAGGACGAGACUUAGCACAAGAUCUAGGUAGACUGGUCAAAGGUUCUAGUGAACCUGUUCGUGACCUAGUUUCGGCAUUUGAAUAUGCCCCUGGAGCUUUAGGGGUAUUAUUGUCUUAUGCUGAGUUACUUUCUGAUGAAAAUAAUUAUGGAAAUUAUACUAUCAGUCAAUAUAAUCUUAACAGUUGCAUGAGAUUAGACUCUGCUGCUAUGAGGGCAUUGAAUGUUAUGGAGAGUAAGACGGACGCAAACAAAAACUUCAGUCUAUUUGGUCUUAUGAAUAGAACUUGUACAGCUGGAAUGGGUAGAAGGUUGCUACACAUGUGGCUAAAGCAACCUUUGUUGGAUGUAACAGAGAUAAAUGAACGGCUAGAUCUAGUGCAAGCUUUUGUGGACGAUGCCGCCUUCCGUCAGGAUUUGAGGCAGCAUUUGAAGCGGAUAUGUGAUAUUGAGCGACUAAUGCGCAAUAUUGAAAAGCGAAGAGCUAGUUUGAUGCAUAUAGUCAAGCUGUAUCAGUCAAGCAUCAGAAUGCCAUAUAUUAAAACUGCCAUGGAACGGUACGACGGUCAAUUUGCACCGUUAGUUAAGGAAAAGUACAUGGAUCGUUUAAAUUGUCUGACCAAUGAUGAUCACCUGAAUAAGUUUAUUGGUCUUGUGGAAAUUUCUGUUGACCUUGACCAACUUGAGAAUGGCGAAUACAUGAUUUCACCUGGUUAUGAUUCCCAGUUGUCAGCCCUAAAAAAUGAGCAAGAGUUACUUGAACAGCAAAUACACGAUUUGCAUAAAGAGACUGCGGAGGAUCUUGAUCUGUCAGUUGAAAAGACUCUAAAGUUAGAUAAAGGUACACAAUUUGGACAUGUUUUUAGAAUCACAAAGAAAGAAGAACCAAAAAUACGGAAGAAGCUCAAUAGCCAAUUUAUUGUUCUUGAAACUCGAAAAGAUGGUGUCAAAUUUACAAAUACUAAGCUUAAGAAAUUGGGAGACCAAUAUCAGAAGAUAUUAGAGGAAUAUAAGAGCUGUCAAAAGGAGCUGGUAGCCAGAGUUGUUUCAACUGCUGCUACUUUCUCUGAGGUGUUUGAGGGCCUGGCUACGCUUCUCUCGGAACUUGAUGUUUUGCUUAGCUUUGCUGAUCUGGCAGCUAGCAGCCCAACCCCUUAUACUAGACCAGAAAUCACAUCAUCGGAUGCAGGAGAUAUUAUAUUAGAAGGCUGUAGACACCCAUGUGUGGAAGCUCAAGACUGGGUGAAUUUUAUACCAAACAAUGUCAAACUUGUUAGGGAAAAAAGCUGGUUUCAAAUUAUCACAGGACCUAACAUGGGAGGAAAAUCUACAUUUAUACGUCAGGUUGGUGUGAACAUUCUUAUGGCACAAGUGGGUUCUUUUGUUCCUUGUGACAAAGCUAGCAUUUCUGUUCGUGACUGUAUAUUUGCUCGUGUGGGUGCUGGUGAUUGCCAGUUACGUGGAGUUUCUACCUUUAUGCAAGAAAUGCUUGAGACAGCUUCAAUUUUGAAAGGUGCCACUGAUAAGUCACUGAUAAUUAUUGAUGAGUUGGGUCGUGGAACAUCGACUUAUGAUGGAUUUGGUUUAGCUUGGGCCAUUUGUGAACACUUGGUUGAAGUGGUUAAAGCACCUACCUUGUUUGCUACUCACUUUCAUGAGUUGACUGCAUUAGCUCAUGAAAAUGCCGGUCAAUCGUCUGGUAUAGCAAAUUAUCACGUUAGUGCACACAUUGACUCCUCGAGCCGAAAACUAACAAUGCUCUACAAGGUUGAACCAGGGGCUUGUGAUCAGAGUUUUGGCAUUCAUGUUGCAGAGUUUGCCAACUUUCCUGAAAGUGUUGUUUCUCUUGCUCGAGAAAAAGCGGCCGAGUUAGAGGAUUUCUCACCUGUUUCAAUUGUAUCUAACCAAGCUGAACAGGAGGCUGGUAGUAAACGAAAGAAACCAUCUGAAGCAGAUGACAUGGUUUUAGGAGUUCCUCGUGCUCGUAAGUUUUUGGAGGACUUCUGUGAGUUGCCAAUUGCAAAAAUGGACUUCAAGCAGGCAUUGCAAGAAGUGAAAAGGCUAAAGAAUGAUUUGCAGAAUGAUGCCAGCAACUGUAAAUGGCUUCAACAAUUCCUUUAGUUGCCCUAUAAACUGAAGUUAUGCUUUCCUUUACAUUUUGAUCAUUGCCACAAAUUUCCUGUUCUCCCGUGACCACCUUACAUCCUUUGGGUUCUGUGAAUUUAGACCAAUACCUUUUGGUCAUUUUGUUUUGUUUGGUGCAGGGACGGGGUGUGUUUUGGGAGGGGCUCUUUUGUAGAACAGUAAUUUUAGAUGUCCUAUCUAUGUAGAUGUUUACAGUAACGAGUAUAUAAAGAAGUAGAACUUAUGGUAUGUUUCUAUGGCAUUGCAGUGAUUAUCAAUUAAUCAAUAUAAAGUUUGUGUUUGCACGUGAUUUAGAUAUUUUUCUCUGUACUUCCGUAGUAGAGAA